GAAGCGCUGUCGUUCGUCCACGACGCGCUCCGCGUCGCGCACGGCGCGCACGCGGGCCAGAUGCGCCGCUCCGGCGAGCCCUUCAUCGUCCACCCCGUCGCCGUGGCGGGCCUGCUCUGCGGCCUCGGCAUGGACCGCGAGACCGUCGCGGCGGGCCUCCUCCACGACACCGUCGAGGACACGGCCGUCACGCUCGAGGAGAUCGAGGCGACGUUCGGCGCCGACGUGCGCGCCAUCGUCGAGGGCGAGACGAAGGUCUCGAAGCUCCCCAAGCUCGCCAAGCGCGAGCAGCUCGAGAAUUUGCGCCAGAUGUUCAUCUCCAUGACCGACGACUACCGCAUCAUCAUCGUCAAGCUCGCGGACCGGCUCCACAACAUGCGGACCUUAGAACACAUGCCGCGGCACAAGCAGCUGCGCAUCGCGCGCGAGACGCUCGAGAUCUUCGCGCCGCUCGCGCACCGCCUGGGCCUGUGGACGUUCAAGGCCGAGCUCGAGGACUGGGCGUUCCGCUACGCCCACCCGGGGCCCUACGCGGCGCUCGAGGCCGCGCUCGAGGUGCGGCGGUCCCGCUACGAGUCCGCGCUCAAGGGCAGCCGCAAGGCCUUGGAGGCGCGCCUCGCGGCGGACCCGAAGUUGAGGGGCGUCAAGGUGAGCGUCAGCGGCCGCACGAAGGAGCUCUACAGCCUCUGGCUGAAGAUGGAGCGCGCCGAUUUGGACGGCGUGCCCGACGUCGUCGCGCUCCGCGUCGUCCUCGAGGUGCCGCGCGACGGCGCGGCCGAGCCCCUGGAGGCCUGGCGCGAGCGGUCCACCUGGCUCUGCUACCACGUGCUCGGCCUCGUGCAGCAGCUCAAGGGCUGCGAGGCCGUGCCGCGCGUCAAGGACUACAUCUCCUUCCCGAAGCCCAACGGCUACCAGUCGCUCCACGCGUCGCUCCGCCGCGAGGCCGAGGACCAGGUCGUCGAGGUCCAGAUCCGCACGGCCUGGAUGCACGAGGUCGCGGAGCACGGCAUGGCCGCCCACUGGCUCUACAAGGACGGCCUCUUCAGCGUCGAGGACCUCGACGACGACGGCGAGCCCGCGGACGGCCGCCGCGGCGUCGCCAAGCCCUACGCGGUGUCGUGGCUCAACUCCGUCAAGGACUGGCAGCACGAGAUCCACAGCUCGCGCGAGUUCGUCGAGACGAUCCGCAAGGAGGUGCUGGGGAAGCGCGUCUUCGUCUUCCUGCGCGACGGCCAGAUCCUCGACCUGAGCCGCGGCGCGACGGUGUUGGACGCCGCGUUCCACAUCCACACGGAGAUCGGCCUCAAGGUCGCGACGGCCUACGUCAACGGCCAGGAGGUCCAGCUGAGCUACGAGCUCAAGAACGGCGACGUCGUCUCCGUGUCCACGUCCGAGGACGCGCGGCCCCAGCUCGACUGGCUCCGCAUGGCCCAGCGCCGGUCCACGCGGGCCAAGCUCCGCGCGUACUUCCGCGAGGAGCAGCGGCUCUACGAGGUCGCGAGGCAAAAGACC